AUGGCCUGGGACUACGUCCCGGAAGAUCCAGACGACCCCGGGCAGCAACUACAAGCGAAAGUCGCCCAGGUCAAGCAGCGCAACGACGAGCACUACAUCGCGGCGCUGCAGUUAAUUGAGCAGCACUGCGAGGACGACGAACAUUGCGAGAACUUUUACCAGUACCUGUGGCGCGAGCUGCAGGACCGCUGCGAGCAAUGCGCCGUUCCGGAAGAGCGGCUGAAGGGUGUCGAGGUGUGGGCGUUGCUCCUUCUCGUCGACGACGCCUACGACCUACUUUGCAGCGACACGGCCUGGCGGUUCAUGUGGGUCUGCUGCAAGGAGCGGCAUUUAGGCAGCGGCAUACCCCGCCUCUGGCGCCGGUGGAAGAGCCGAACGUUCGCAGCACAUUGGGAGCAGCAAGAAAGAAGCGGAUCGCUGGCCCCGGAUCUGCACCGGGAACUGCUGGGCCUUGACACGCGCAUGCGUCACGUGUGGCACGAUCGCCCCUUCCAGCGAUUCUGGCUUCUGACCGAAACCGGGGAGGACCUCCCGGAAGCGCAGCGCAGGCAGGAGCAGUGGAACGACGAGGAAAGGCUGUUGUAUGCGAUCGACAGACUGGACUACACUCAGAAGAAAAUAGUAAGCACAACAAGGACCACAGCGACUGCGAAUGACACCAGUACGACCAGCACUUCAACUUCUGCUCGAGCUACUGGAAGAACCCAUCGUUGGCACACGCCAAAGCUGAGCAAACAGGACGGGGAGAAACUGUACCUGAACGAAACCCUCGUCGACCCCAAAGCGCUCGCAAACAUGAUGGACAAGACGGCCGCGAAGCUUGAGGAAUUUGACCCGCAACCGAAGGACAGGUGUCCCGAGAAGGAGCAUUUGCAGACCAUUGCCGCUGACUAUUACAAAUUUCAAGAAAAGUUCGAGGAGAAUGGCGGGAACCUGAACAGCGACUAUUACCUGCGUCUAGCCGUGCAAGACGAGGACAUCGAGUGGAACUAUCUUGAGCAAAAACAGCCCCACCUCAGACGUGUUUUAUGCAGAUUUGCAUGCCAAUGGGGAACUAGAUUGUUUAUGCAGAUUGUUUAUGCAGAUUGUUUAUGCAGUUGUGUUGCUGCACUUGCAAUCAGGAAUGGGCGCUAGACUUGUGAUUUGACAAGUUCACUAGCCAACCACGAUCUUUACGCUUGAGGCGCAAACUUGUCGAUUUGUGUAAAGCAAAAUCCGGCGCAGCAUCUUGACUUUUUUGGCGGCGUGGGGACGUUUUUCCGCAGCAUAGGAGCGAAGAGGUCGUCAGCACCGCGGCGCGGAAUAACAUGGUAGAAGAUGUCGGUUCCUUGAGCCACCUCCAGUUCGAGGACGAGGACGAAGACGUGUCAACAAACACAGCAGGUGGCGAAAAUGAUCCAAAGAGACCGCAUCAAUCCUCCGCGGCUGCAGCUUCUUUGCUGCUACAGCCGUCGGCUCCCCAAGCAGUGAAGCUGAAAAAGGUGAAGCCGGAGCCCAACGCAUGCUUCUCUCUGCUAGACUUACAGAACUUCGGAUUUUACGAGCACCCCGAGGACAAGGCACAGCGCGCGGAAGCGGACGUCCAAAUCGCGAUCCAGCACCGAAAUCGAGUGUACGCGGAGCGGGAGCUGGAAAGAAACGUCCUCCAGAAGCUCAGGGUGGAGUUGCGGAAACUGCGGACCGCGCGUUCGUACUUGAAAACGGUGGUGGUCUCCAGCCGGUACUCCCGGGCCACGGGGAAAUCCGGGCACACCAGCUACGCCAAGGUGAAGAAGCCGCGGCCGGCGACCUACGUGAAAGCCUCCCAGGGGGUGAAAGUGGACGCGAAGUCCGUCAAGGACUCGAUGCUGCCGCAGAAGUUUCCACCUGCGUAUUCCCGCCCGCCGGUGUGGAGCAUCGGCGUCGUCGUGGAGCACAACAACGAGGAGCACGAUUUACAGUUGCGUGGACCGGCGGAGAAACUGCGACUGCUUCUCUCCGCCAACAGCUACAGUGCGAGCGAGGAGAGCAAGCGCGCAGACGCGGUGUUGGCGUGCGCGAAGCCGGUGCGGUUUUGGUCUGGAGCUACUAGUUCGUCGAGUUCAACACUUUUUCUCGAUAGCACGACUGGUGACAAAGACAACGCCACGACCCCGCUAGGGCCGCAAAUCAGUUCCUCUUCCUCCUCGUCCGCGGACGAGGGUUUUGACAACAAGCUGCCGACCAUUCCUGAAAACGGCGACGUUGAGAUGUUGGAUUCAGGCGCCACGGGGGACACAUUCAAGUUAAAAAAGAGAAAGCUCGUUGCUGCAACGGGGGCAUCAACAUCAUCCGCGGCGUCGGCCGCAUCUUCACAGGCUCCUGCAAGAAAUCCAGGGAAGAAAGUAUCUGCAUCGGCGGGACAAGUAAAAAAUGCCGGCACGGGCGGCUCUUCUUCUGGUCCAGCAGCGCAGGGAGUCGCCGACGCGGACGAGCAUGGUGACAGGAGCGCGGCUGCAAGCGUCGGGGCGUCCUCUUCAAGUUCGUCCUCGCACCAGGAGAACGCUGAAACGCCAGGAGAAGACGUGGAUUUCUACCGGCCGUACACCUUUGACCUGAAUUCGCAGCCGGUGCCAAUUUUCACCCCGUCCGCGCGCCGCCCGAAGAAAGCGCUGCUGAAUUACUUUGGCCACCACUGCUUCGGCGAAGCUGCGCACCGGGACAUCGUGCACGUGGUUGUCGUCGAGCCGAACGAGUACGAGGAGUACCACGCGCACUUUCCGGAGCACGUGUUUCUGGUGCUCGACCGGAAUGAGAUGGGCCUCGGGUACGCGCGCUACAUGAUCCAGUGCUUCUGCACGAAUUCCCUGCUCGGCCUGGAUUUGAGCGCGCAGCCGCAGGAGAGCCUGACGAGUCCGGCGGAACAGAGACGGAAAUUCCGGGACAUGGUCGCCCUGCCCUUCUGCUCCGCGUUCUGCUGGAUGAUCGACGACAUGGUCGCCCGGUUUUACAAGACGGAGCGCAAGAAGCAGGUGCCAAGCAUCGUCCAGGCGAGCGGAGGUUCCUCGUCGAGCGGUGGCGUUGCUGGUGACAACAAUCUAUCGCAAGCCAAGCAGAGCCAGGUCGGGCGGCAGGAGACUACGUGGCUGGAGUCUUUGCUGAAAAUCCAAAGGCACGGGGACGUCUCGAAGCUGGGUGUCGCGGGGUUUUUGCGCGACAACGGCGCCGUGGUGGCGCACUUGAACACGCGCGAGUGGAACAACCAAGCGUUCAAGCUGUACAAAGCGGUCUUCCUCAACAUCGCGGAGCUGCAGAAGCGCGACGUGUUUUACGUGCCGUACCAGAAACUGUGGGAGGAUUUGGCCUUUCUGGUGAAAACGGUGAACGCGGAUCUACCGGUGCUCAAGUGUCAGUCGCACUUCUACUUUGCAUUCACCAGUCGGAAGGGUGGGUGCGAGGAGCAGCGGGCCCACGAAAAGGUGGACCUGAUGACCCGGGACCGUUUGGUGCCGGAGGAACACUGGAGUGACCUGUCGAGCAAGGACCAGAAAGUGGUUACCACGGUCCUGGAGUGGGUGCGGGGGCGCGAGGAGCAGUUUUUGGGAACCAAGAGCGACGAGGACACGUUAUGGGCGGAAUUGAAAGCGAAACUGCAAGACUGGCGAGAGUCCAGAGCGAAUAGCUUAAUGUCAAACAGAACAAACGGCGGCGCUGGCAGUUCUUCCAGCCUGCUCAACACGGGAAAGAAAUCCUAGCGGAUGAAAAGCAAAAGGAAACAAAUCCAUGCUUAUGGCGACUACAACAGAU